UCUUCACUCACCUACUCAAUACUUCGGUUCAACCAACAGUACCCGUGCAUGGUACAAGUGGACAAGCUGAACAGUACUGUACGUAACAGAGUAGGCCUUGGGUUCCCAGCUCUUGCCAUGAGUGACAAGAAAUAUACUCAGCAUUACAAGACAGUAACUGACAGCCGAUUCAAAGGAUGGCUGCAGCCAUUUCCGGGUGACAGCACCAAAGCCAGAUGCAAAGUUUGUGGCACUUCCUUGCAAGCACACUUGAAAACCAUUCUUGGACAUGAUGAAACAAAGAGACACAUCGAGAACAUAAAGCCAUCUGGAAGUAAAGUUCAGUCAUCGAUUAAAGACAGUUUUAAGCUUGCAGAAAAUGACCCUACAAAAGUAGCUGAACUGAAAUUGGCUGUGAUGAUAAAGUUUCCAAAUUUAUCAUCACUUGCACUCUCACUACUGUCCUUGCCUUACUCAAAUGCGAGCAUUGAGAGAAUCUUUUCACAAAUGAACGUAGUUCAUUCAAAAUUAAGGAAUAGGCUAAGUGUAAGAUCAGUUGAAGCCAUAUUGCAAAUUCGCUUUGGACUGAAACUGCAGUCACUGAACUGCUCAACUUUUGUACCUUCCAAUGAAAUUAUUAGAAACUUUGGAGCUAAAGAUAGUGCUGAAGAGGCUAAUGAUGAUAUAAUUUCCAUAGACACGGACUAAAACUAGUGAAUGAUCGCUCAAGCCAGUUGUAGCCUUAUUAGUUAAAAUUCUUCUUUCCGCUAAACUAACUACUUCUGGCUGCUGUUUCUGAAGGAUUUUUUUUUUUUUUUUUUAACUACAAUUUUGUUAUAAAAUGAUGCAGAAAUAAUCGUGUAAAUACAU